CCAACACCAGAAGACAAGCAGAGAGAGACUCCUCCAGACCCACUUUGACCCGUGCACGCCUGCCCAGCUGGGCUUCGCACUGAGUGCCUGAGUGGAUUCCCAGAACCUCAGUGAGCAGAGACAGGGCCGAGGCACAGAGGCUCGAGGGAAGCAGCUCCAGGAUGGUAUCCCGUAAGACUGUGGCUGCUCUGCUGGUGGUGCACACAGCUGCCAUGCUGGCCACCCAGACGGAAGCCUUCGUCCCCAUCUUCACCUAUGGUGAACUCCAGAAGAUGCAGGAAAGGGAACGGAAUAAAGGGCAAAAGAAAUCCCUGAGUAUAUGGCAGAGGUCUGGGGAGGAAGGUCCUGCAGACCCCACGGAGCCCAUCGAAGAAGAAGAAAACAAAAUGAUUGAGGGAAGCAGAAGCAAGAUCCUAGGACGACUGAAACAGACCACAAACAAGAACCACGACAUACAGAGCUGGAAGGGCCCUUUGGGAUUGCCCAGUCCAGCCUCCUCAUGUUCAAGUGAGGACCCUGUGAGAGGGUCUAGACGGAGAGGGAGAACCACAGCCAGGGACGGCACAGGCAGGACCCGCUGGAGCCCUUCAGAUGCCCUUCAGGGAAGGUGUCAUGAUCCUCUCAGCAGGACUCAGCGACCUUCAGGAUUCAACCCUCUGCUGACUGCUCCUGUGGAAAUUGGAAUAAGGAUGAACUCCAGGCAGCUGGAAAAGUACCGGGCCGCCCUAGAAGAGCUGCUGAGCGAGAUGAGCCCCAGCACGCAACCAAGUGACGGCCACGCUGGGAAGAAGGUGGACAGAUUUGGGAGGCCCCUUCCACCUGAGUGAGGCCCUGGGAAUUUGCACAGCCUGCCAGCUGGGCUUGGAAGGAAAACACCCUUUCCAAAGCAAAUCCCCCUCCAGCAAAUAAAGCAUGAAAUAUACAGAAA